AUGAGAAAAGCAUCAUCAAAUACAGGAUUAAGCGAUUGGCAGUUUAAGAAAUAUUGUUUGGCACAUGACCUGAAAUCUGCAGUAGGUUCAGCUGCUUUGAUUCGAGGAAAGUGCAAUGGUGAAAAACUUGAGAUGGAAGGAGGACCAUUGAGCAAGGAAUCAGGCUUGACGGCGUCCCUACUAAGUCAACUAGAUACUCCCUGA